AUGUCUCUGGGCGACACUGUUAUUCUGAACGAGCGGCGGAUGACACAUAGUGUCAUCCCAGUCAAACAGUCUUCCCUGCCUGGACUCAUGAGACUGCCCAGAAGAUAUGACACAGAUUCUGUCAGCGUUCCGGUAUAUUCAAAUCACCCCACCGCCAUUCAGCCGCACUGUCCUGAAAACGAAAGCGUGUCUGAGAGGCUGAAGGACCUCAUGCAAGCUACUUUGUGGCUGAAACAGGAACUGAUUUUACUGCGGCAACAUGAUAUUCUACUGAAACGGCAAUUCUUCAACAUCCACCACUCCAUCACAUCCCUGCACCCCCAAAAAAUUGUGUCAAAUAUGAUUGCAUCAACACCAUCACCAUCCUCACCAUCAUCGCAGCAAUCCUCCACCUUUACAACACUAGUUGGUACAAAUACAACAGUCCAUCAUAG